CAGGAAAGUUUAGUGGCUACUCAUGUUUGUUCAUGAUCAGCUUUUUGAUGGUGUGUUUGGGUGUGAGGUCCCAACUCACCACUGAUUUCUACAAUGAAAGCUGCCCAAACCUUCUGACGAUCGUGAGAAAGGCGGUUAAGAAUGCUAUCAAGACGGAGACGAGAAUGGCGGCUUCUUUGGUUCGACUUCACUUCCAUGAUUGCUUUGUGAAUGGUUGCGAUGGAUCGGUUUUGCUAGAUGGAAGUGAUGGAGAGAAGUCUGCCUUACCCAACUUGAACUCAGUGAGAGGAUUCGACGUUGUGGACACAAUAAAAAGUUCUGUGGAGAGCGCAUGUCCAGGAGUUGUUUCCUGCGCUGACAUACUAGCCAUAGCCGCCCGAGACUCCGUUCUCCUGAGUGGAGGAAAUACAUGGAAAGUAUUUUUAGGAAGAAGAGAUGGACUAGUUGCAAACCAGACAGGAGCAAAUAAUGGACUUCCUUUUCCAACUGAUUCCUUGGAUACAAUCACUCAGAAAUUUGCCAAUGUCGGCCUCAAUCAGACCGAUGUCGUGUCGUUAUCAGGUGCGCAUACAAUCGGAUUAGCAAGAUGUACUACCUUCAGCAGCAGAUUGUUCAACUUCAGCGGAACAGGCGCUGCUGACUCUACAAUGGACACGGAAAUGGUGUCCGAUUUGCAGACCUUAUGCCCACAGAGUGGUGAUGGGAACACGACAACCUCUCUCGACCAGAACUCAACCGAUCUUUUCGACAACCAUUACUUCAAGAACUUGCUCGUUGGGAAGGGUCUUCUUAGCUCUGAUCAGAUUCUAUUUACUGGUGAUGCAGCUGCUUCCACAACCAAAAGCCUUGUUCAAAACUACAGCAGUGACUCUGGCCUCUUCUUCUCCGAUUUCACCAACUCCAUGAUCAAGAUGGGGAAUAUCAACCCCAAAACUGGUUCCAAUGGCGAGAUUCGAACGAAUUGCAGGGUGGUUAAUUCAUAAAAUGAAGUGAAGUUGUGAGGUUGAUGGUCAUGUUUCAAGGAAUUUAUGGUGUUUUCAGUGUGUUUAUGUAAUGUAUGUUGAUGUAGUGAAUAAGAUUUUUGGGA